AGCGUGGCUCACGCAAGUGUCAAAGACUUCCAAGUCCCGAAGUUGGGUGCAUUCAAUUAAUUUGGCAGAAAGGGAUUUACACCCAAUUGCCAUUUAUAAGGGAACCAACGCGUUCAGAGGUGCUGGUCAGAGCCACGAGGGGGAAAUGUCUGACAACAGUGGUGCUGCCAACAGCAGUAGCUGGACUGUCCUCACAGCUGAGGAGACUGUUGCUGAAACCCUGAGGCCUGUAGCGGAGGGAACAGAACACCAUGAAGAUACACCCAGUCAUACUGCUGUGGGGAAACCUACAGAGAGUAGGCCUGGGGAGGAUGCCGUGUCUGCUGAAGAGUCUCACUCUGUGAAGCUACAGCAGGAGACCCAGGAAACACAACCAGAGAGAGACAAGGAUUACACCCCUGUUGUAGAGAGUCCCACCCAUGACCUUCCCUUUGACCUUCCUUUUGACCCUGCCCUUGACUCCACCUCUGCUAGUGUUGCUCCUCCAAGCCCUCUGUUAGAAGUCCCCGCCCCCACAGGGCUUGACCCAAAUACACACAGCCAAUCCAGAAGCCUCCCUGGGAACCCAGCCCCUCCCAUCUCUGACCCUGAUUCGUUCUCUGACUCCUACACCCACAUUAGCUCCUCCCCCGACCUUGAAGAGCCCCCUGCCUUGCUGCUCAACACUGAGCAUGUGGGGCUUGUACAGGAAGCGGAGGGGUAUAUACAGGAUGUGCAUCAUCAUUAUGAGGAAGGCCUUGGGCAGGAAGAGGAGGAGUCUGAUCUGUCUGAGGUCAGGGCCAAGACAGACUCCCAUCUGGAAGCGGAAGUGGUGGGGGAGGAGGAGGAAGGGGUGUCAGGGGUGAGGAGGAGGAGGGGGUCUCUCCUGGCGGCUCUGGAGCGGAUCGGAAGGGAGGAGGAGGAGGAUGAGUUCCGGAUUCCGCAGCAGAGGGAGCAAGAGGAGACUGGUUUCUCUCUCAACAAGUGCAUCCUGGGAGCUGUCAUACUGCUGGGCCUCGGAACCAUCAUCUUCUCAGGUGUCUUCAUGGACCUGGAUGGUGAGGGGGACUAUGAUGCCAGGGAGCUGAGAGAAACAGAGGUGGUGGGAAAACAGGAAUGGCUGAAUCCUGAGGUUCCUCUUCCACCACCUGUAGAAGUUGACAGUACAGACCAACUGAAUAAACUGGCUAAAGAAGACCCACGGAUAGCUGUACUGCAAGCCCAACUCCUGGCACAGAAAGAGGAGCUAAAAGUAGCCCAGAAGGAGGCGGAGGAUGGAGGGAAGGAGAGAAAGAAGAGGGAGGAGGUGGAGAAGGAGCACGGUAGGCUGAAGAAAGAGAUGACGUCGCUCCCUGUCCUUCAGAAGGAGAACGAGAGGAUGAAGAGAGAGCUGGAGUCUGUUCCUGUCUUACAGAAGGAUCUAGAGACACUCAGAGCCACAGUGACUGAACUAAAACACAGCACAGCCAAAGAAGCAGCAUCACCUCCAGUCUCUGCCUCUGUCCCGCCCCCCUCUGGCCAAGCUGGGGAUGACAGCCAGAACACAGCCGGAACAAUAGAGAGGAAGGUUAAGAAACCAGGGAAGGGAGAGAAAACAGAGUUGAAGGAAGAGAAGACUGAUUGGAAUAAGGGAGGGAAGGCGGAUUGGAAUAAGGGACGGAAGGCGGAUUGGAAUAAGGGAGGGAAGACUGAUUGGAAUAAGGGAGGGAAGACUGAUUGGAAUAAGGGAGGGAAGACUGAUUGGAAUAAGGGGGGGAAGACUGAUUGGAAUAAGGGACGGAAGGCGGAUUAUAAGGUUGAAAAAGAGUGGAGAAGUGGAAAAUAUGACCAGGAGAAAGAAGGAAAAGAGGAGAAAGAGUGGAAGAAGAGAGAAGACAAGAAGGGAGAAUGGAAGAAAGAUAAAUCUAUCAGAGGGGAUGAGGGCAAACCAUGGAAGGACAGAGGAAACAAGAUGGAAUGGAAGGAGAAGAGUGAGAAAAAAGACUGGAAGGUGGAGAAAGAUUGGAAAAGGGAAACACCUGAAAGAUGGAGUGAUAGCAAGGAGUGGAAGGGAGAGAAGAAUGGAAAAGACGCAAAUCGAAGAAAAGGAGGUUGGAAUGAGGGCAGGGAUGAGUGGAAGGGAGAGAAGAAUGGAAAAGAGGACACAAAUCGAAGAAAAGGAGGUUGGAACGAGGGCAGGGAUGAGUGGAAGGGAGAGAAGAAUGGAAAAGAGGACACAAAUCGAAGAAAAGGAGGUUGGAAUGAGGGCAGGGAUGAGUGGAAGGGAGAGAAGAAUGGAAAAGAGGACACAAAUCGAAGAAAAGGAGGUUGGAACGAGGGCAGGGAUGAGUGGAAGGGAGAGAAGAAUGGAAAAGAGGAGAAACAUCUAAGAAAAGGUUGGAACGAGGGCAGGGAUGAGUGGAAGGGAGAGAAGGAGUGGAAGGGAGAGAAGAAUGGAAAAGAGGACAACAAUCUAAGAAAAGGUUAUAAUAAGGGCAGGGAUGAGUGGAAGGGAGAGAAGGAGUGGAAGAACGACAAGGAU